AAAAAAAAGAUAAUUAUCUCAAAAGCAAUAUCAACGACAAUCACGACACCGAUAACAACAAUAAAGAAAGACACAGCAACAACAACAACAACAACAACAGGGCACAUCAGUACUAAGUGGAUACAAGAUGGAAUUACAAUCGCUGGAGGGAAUGGACAAGGAGAUCAGUUGAAUCAACUUCACUGGCCUGGCAUGAUCUAUUUAGAUGAUGAUAAUGAGACAAUUUAUGUUGUCGAUGGAGGAAAUCAUCGUAUCGUUGAAUGGAAAUCUAACGCAACGACUGGUCAAGUUGUUGCAGGUGGAAAUGGAAAUGGAAGUCGAACAGAUCAAUUAUCUAAACCCACAUCUAUGAUUGUUGAUAUAAAUAAUGAUUCCUUUAUCAUUUGUGACAGUGGAAACCGGCGGGUGGUACGAUGGUUUCGUCGAAAUGACAGUAAUCAACAAAUCAUCAUUUCAGAUAUUCAUUGUUCUGGUCUGGCGAUGGAUAAUAACGGAGAUCUCUAUGUCUUUGAUUUGCAAAAACAUGAAGUAAGUCGAUGGAAACAAGGUGAUAAGAAUGGAACCACCGUUGCACGUGUAAAUAAUCAAUCCAGGGAACUCAGUCAAGCACUUUCUGAUCCUACUUCUAUCUUCGUUGAUAUAGAUUAUUCUGUUUAUAUAUGUGAUAGGUUGAACCAUCAUGUUAUAAAAUGGUUAAAAAAUGCAAAGGUAGGUAUUGUUCUUGCUGGUGUAGAUGGUCAAGGAACGAGUGUCAGACAACUGAGUCAUCCCGAAGCAAUGAUUGUCGAUCGUUUUGGUAAUGUCUAUGUAGCUGACUCUGGCAACAACCGUAUAAUGCGGUGGUUGAAAUUGACAGGCUUCAUAGAAGGUCGAAUUAUCGUUGGUGGAAAUGGAGUAGGUAACGGCCCAAAUCAGUUAAAUAGUCCUAGUGGUUUAUUAUUCGACCGAAAAGGUAAUUUAUAUGUUAGUGAUCAUGGUGGGCAUCGAGUACAAAAAUUUGACGUCGACUUAAAUUAA